AUGCAAUAUUCAAGUGUUAAAGUUAAAAUACGAUCAUCCGGAAGAAUUUGUUUAUUGUCACUGUCAUGGAUAGUGUAUAGAGCGGUUAUGGCCGCAUAUUUUUUGACAUCUUAUUUAUAUAUAUUGCCGUAUAAUAAAGAAACAGAUGAAUCUUGGUUGAAAUUUUGUUGUUUUUUAACAAAUUGGACGUACACAGUAGAAACAAUAUAUUUUCAAUUUGCUUGCAUUACAGUUAGCAUCGCAGCUUAUAAUGGGAAAAAAAAACCGGAUGAGGAUCCGAAAAAAACAAUGCCAUGCUAUUAUAAAUUAUUAUGGAUUAUUUAUACGGUUGUUUUAACGGGAGCAUGUUCUGUCACAAUAAUAUUUUGGUCAACUUUAUACGAUCCGGAGGUAGAUUCAGUGAAUGCAACGAAUAUAAUGACACACGUAUUUAAUAGUAUAUUUAUACUAUUGGAAGUAUCAUUGGUAGCACAUCCGACGAGACUUAUACAUUUUUACAUGCCCAUAUGUUAUGCAUCUAUUUAUGCUGUAUUCAGCUUAUUGUAUCAAGUUUUUUGGCCAGAGGGAUUCGAAAACUCUGAGUAUAUAUAUAAAAUUUUAGACUGGAAAUAUCCUGGCGAAGCUUUAGUGACUUGUGCAGGUGCAACAUUAUGUUUAAUAACUAUUCAUACGUUAUUCGUUUUAGUACACUUGUUUAAAAUAUGGUUAAAAAAUAGGUUGAAUAAGAAAAAACAAGAGGAUACAACAAACGUGUAG